AGGAAAGUCGCGGCCUGACUGCGCCCCGCGCUCGCUUCCGGAAGUGGCUGCUGCAACACCAUGCUGGCCGAGCUGGGUUUAAUCGGGACCAUAGGCGAAGAUGACGAGGUGCCGGUGGAGCCCGAGUCUGACUCCGGAGACGAGGAAGAGGAGGGGCCCAUUGUGCUGGGCAGAAGGCAGAAAGCCUUGCAGAAGAACCGCAGUGCCGAUUUCAACCCUGACUUCGUUUUCAGUGAGAAGGAGGGGAUGUAUGAUGGCAGCUGGGCCCUGGCUGAAGUCAUGAGCCAGCUCAAGAAGAAGAGGGCAGCCACUACAUUAGAUGAGAAGAUUGAGAAAGUUCGAAAGAAAAGGAAAACGGAGGAUAAAGAAGCCAAGUCUGGGAACUUGGAGAAGGAGAAAGAAGGAGAGGAAGGCUCUAAACCGCAGGAGCAGGAAGACCUUGAAGGGAAAGAUAAGGAAGGCUCAGAAGAUGAAGAAUCGGAGACCGACUACUCAUCGGCUGAUGAGACCAUCCUCACCAAAGCAGAUACACUCAAGGUAAAGGAGAAGAAGAAGAAGAAGAAGAGAGGACAGGAAGCAGGAGGAUUUUUUGAAGAUGCAUCUCAGUAUGAUGAAAACCUCUCAUUCCAGGACAUGAACCUUUCCCGCCCUCUGUUGAAGGCCAUUACAGCCAUGGGCUUCAAGCAGCCCACCCCAAUCCAGAAGGCGUGCAUACCUGUGGGACUGUUGGGGAAGGACAUCUGUGCCUGUGCAGCCACUGGGACAGGUAAAACUGCUGCUUUUGCCCUGCCCGUCCUGGAGCGGCUGAUCUACAAACCCCGCCAGGCUCCAGUGACCCGCGUGCUGGUGCUGGUCCCUACCCGAGAGCUGGGCAUCCAGGUACACUCUGUCACCAAGCAGCUGGCCCAGUUCUGCAAUAUCACCACCUGCCUGGCUGUGGGUGGCCUGGAUGUGAAGUCUCAGGAAGCAGUUCUUCGGGCAGCGCCUGACAUCCUCAUUGCCACCCCAGGUCGGCUCAUUGAUCACCUCCACAACUGCCCUUCCUUCCACCUGAACAGCAUUGAAGUGCUCAUACUUGAUGAGGCUGACAGGAUGCUGGACGAGUACUUUGAGGAGCAGAUGAAGGAGAUCAUUCGAAUGUGUUCCCACCACCGCCAGACGAUGCUCUUCUCGGCCACCAUGACGGACGAGGUGAAAGACCUGGCUUCUGUCUCCUUGAAGAAUCCCGUCCGCAUAUUUGUGAACAGCAACACGGACGUGGCUCCCUUCUUGCGGCAGGAAUUCAUACGGAUCCGGCCCAAUCGGGAAGGAGACCGGGAAGCCAUCGUGGCAGCUCUGUUGACGAGAACCUUCACUGACCACGUGAUGCUGUUCACCCAGACCAAGAAACAGGCGCACCGCAUGCACAUCCUCCUGGGGCUCAUGGGGCUGCAGGUGGGCGAGCUGCACGGCAACCUGUCGCAGAUGCAGCGGCUGGAGGCCCUCCGGCGCUUUAAGGAUGAACAGAUUGACAUCCUCGUGGCCACAGAUGUGGCAGCCCGUGGUCUUGACAUUGAGGGUGUCAAAACGGUAAUCAACUUCACGAUGCCCAAUACUAUCAAGCAUUACGUCCACCGGGUGGGGCGAACAGCGCGUGCCGGCAGGGCUGGGCGCUCGGUCUCUCUGGUGGGAGAAGAGGAGCGGAAGAUGCUGAAGGAGAUUGUGAAGGCCGCCAAGGCCCCUGUGAAGGCUCGGAUACUCCCCCAAGACGUUAUCCUCAAAUUCCGGGACAAAAUUGAGAAAAUGGAGAAAGACGUGUAUGCCGUUCUGCAGCUAGAGGCAGAGGAAAAGGAGAUGCAGCAGUCGGAAGCGCAGAUCAACACAGCAAAGCGGCUCCUGGAGAAGGGGAAGGAGGCACGGGACCAAGAGCCUGAGAGGAGCUGGUUCCAGACCAAAGAAGAGAGGAAGAAGGAAAAAAUUGCCAAGGCUCUGCAGGAAUUUGACUUGGCCUUAAGAGGAAAGAAGAAAAGGAAGAAGUUCAUGAAGGAUGCCAAGAAAAAGGGGGAGAUGACGGCGGAGGAAAGGUCUCAGUUCGAAAUCCUCAAGGCGCAGAUGUUUGCUGAGCGACUGGCCAAGAGGAAUCGCAGAGCCAAGCGAGCCCGAGCAAUGCCUGAGGAGGAACCAGCGAGAGGCCCUGCCAAGAAGCAAAAGCAGGGGAAGAAAUCUGUAUUUGAUGAAGAACUCACCAACACGAGCAAGAAGGCCCUGAAACAGUAUCGAGCUGGCCCUUCCUUUGAAGAAAGGAAAAAGUUGGGCUUGCCCCACCAGAGACGAGGAGGAAACUUUAAAUCUAAAUCCAGAUACAAGAGGAGGAAGUAGCUGUGGCAACCUGGAGAAGUUCAUGGGGCAGCCCUUAACUUCCUUCCCUGUGGGAAGUCAUCCUGCCUUGGUGUGUCUUUUCUGCAUUUGUAAAAAAUUUCUCGGAAAGUCUGUGUCAUUUGUGCAUUAAAAAAAAAAAAAAAAAGUUGGCGGCAGUUGUAGAAUGUAGCUAUAUCUUAAGUAUUUCCGUCAAUAAUCAGCCAGUCUUCCUUUCUUGCUGGUUAGCUUUCAUAUAAUGAAUAUACCAAAGGGAAGAAGUAUUUUUUGGGAGGAGGGAAGAAACCAAUCUAAUGGUAUAUCUAUCUCUUCCCUCAAUGGCAAAGUCUACCCGCUGUCUACUAGCUUGGCACUGCCCCAUACUCUUGGAAUGCAUAGUCUUCAUGUUUGUUGUGGAGCUAGGUGUGGAGUUAGGAAAUUCUCGCUAGAAGUUGUCUUCUGUUGAUGUCCUAGAAGUAAAAGCUAUCAUUGAGCACCAACCACGUGCUUGACAUUCUGUGUGCUGAGCAGUGACUAAUUCAACUCACUGCACCCCUAUGAUCUCCAUUUUGCUGAUAAAGAGGCUUGGAAAGCCUGACUUUCCAGAGUUACAUACCUGGGAAUCCAGAUUUUUGAAGCCAGUGUCUACUUGAGCCCAUGCCCUGACUCUUACUGCUAUACUGUGGAAGUGCUGCUGGAGAAAUGGAAGCUGAAAGAGGACAAAAGGAGCCCCGACACCAUAAAUUAGCACCUCAUUGCAGAAACCAGCUUUUACCCUGUAGAGUGGUGGUUAUCAUCCUUUUCUGAAUCACAGGUCAGAAAUUUGAGAAUUUGAGAAUUACCUGAAAGCUGUGAGGUUACCCCUUGGGAAAACUUUUUCGUAGUUCAUGUCAUAUAUAAUUCCAGGGAGUACACAGACAUCCCCCUUCCCCAGCUUAAAAAUUAUAAUAGUUACCCUGUAGCACAAACCCUGGACACUAAAGGGUGUGUUCAAAGCUAUUUAUUCAGGCUGUACCUAAGAGUCACCAACAGAAGUUCCAAUUAAGAAAAUGGUGGUACCCUUGUGAUGGAGUUUGGAUGUAUUGUCCUCCCAGAACUCAUGGAAAUUUGAUCCCAAAUGUGGCAGUGUUGGAAACUGAUUGAGUCAUGGGGGUGGAUCCCUCAUGAAUGGAUUAAUGCUCUCCCUGGGGGUGAGGGGCAUGAGUGAGUUCUUGCUCUGUUAGUUCCCACAAGAGCUGGUUGUUUAUAGGACCCUGGCACCUCCUCUCUCUUGCUUCCUCUUGCCAUGUGACCUGCUUGUACCUGCCAGCUGCCUGCCACUUUCUGCCAUGAGUAGAAGCAGCCUGAGGCCCAUGUCAGAUGCAGCUGUCCCAGAAUCGUAAGCCAAAUAAACCUCUGUUCUUUAUAAAUUA